GAACAUGCCUUCGAGGUUGCUUUGGAUAUGGAGGAGUAUUUGAAAUACCCAAUUCCUAAAAAGUUUGGGUCUCAAGUUGGGGAAACUGCAGCUAAAGGGUACAAUGAUGCAAGUCGUUUCCGGCCUAGUGUUUCUGAGCAAACUUCAGCCAAUACAGCUGAUCCAAAAGGCAAGAAUCACGCAGCCAACAAAGGGGGAGGAAAGGACAACAGGUGCUUUAAAUGUGGUGAAACUGGUCAUAUGGCCUAUCUAUGCCCGAAGAGGAACUUACGCAUAGGAACGGAACAAGAAGCUGAAUUUGACCAACAACAUAAUGAUGACAAUGAUGAUUCUUUUGUCGUUGGGGUUCUAAAUACAGAUGACUUAGAAGAAGAGGAGGUGGACAAUUCAUUGAUCUCUGUUGUUAGACGUAUCCUUACAGCACCUAAAGUUGAAAAGGAGGACCGGAGGCAUACUUCUAUAUUUCAGAUGCUGGUCCGCUGUGGAAACCAAGCCCGAAAGCUUAUUAUUGAUGGUGGGAGUUGCAUGAAUGUUGUAUCUGCUGCCACAGUGGAGCGUCUUAAGCUUCCUGUUCAACCACAUCCUCAUCUGUAUAAGGUAGCUUGGAUCGACAACACUUCCAUUCCGGUAACUCAGCGCUGCCUAGUUUCUUUCUCUUAUGGUUCUUAUAGUGAUUCCAUUUGGUGUGACGUAAUUCCCAUGAAUGGCACACAUAUCCUUCUUGGGAGACCAUGGCUUUAUGAUAGAGAUGUGCAGCAUUGUGGGAAAGAGAACACAUCUGCUUUCUCAUUCAAAAACAAGGAGAUUGUUUUGAAGCCAAUGAAUACGACUGAAAUGGAAAAAUACAAGGAAAAGAAUCCAAAAGAUGUUGCUGAAAAUAAGCCUAUCACCAGGAAGUGUUUUCAAGCCGAGACUAUGGAAUUGGGAGUUAUAUAUGCCGUGGGGGUAAAAGAAGUAUCAGAAUCAGCUGCUGCAUCAGCCUCUGUCUUACCAUCAGAAGUGGCUGAGUUGCUGUCCCAUUUUUCUAAUGUUGCACCUAAAGAGCUCCCAAAUGAAUUACCUCCCCUGAACAAUGUCCAGCAUGCAAUAGAUCUCAUUCCAGGUUCGCAAUUGACUAAUCUUCUAGUUUAUCUCAUGAAUCCAAGGGAGCACACAGAGCUUAAAAGGCAGGUGGAUGUUUUCCUUCCCGACUCCAAUAUCACGCCAAUGGGAUCAUCUAUUGAGUUUUCACAUAUGAAUUGCAAACAAGCAACACCAAAUAUUUCUCCUCAAGAGGAUGAAGUGGAGAAAGUGAUGGAGCUGGUUGCUGGAGAAAUGAAGGAAAUAAUUGCUGGCCCAGAAUCUGAUACGCCUUUACAGAUGCGUAAGUUGCUGCCAGAAUCCUCUAGUACAGUGCCAAAAGAGUUUCCCGUUGAGCUUCAAUUGGUUAAUCAUGAAUUCAAGCAACCAAGGGAAGUCGAAAGGUGCACCAACCGUUGAUGUAAUUAAAAAAGAGUUCAAUGUCAAAUUACACGAAAGUAAUGUUCAGACAAAAGAGAUGGGGCCAACCAUUGACUUUGUCAUUCCUGACAAGUUCAAGGAUCCAAAUGUGGAGUCAAAAGCGUCAUUGUCUUCCUUUUUGUUUGAAACAAAAAAGGAUUGGCCUCGACUUCAAGCUUUUCAUACCAAGAUGCGGUUGCAAAUAUGGAGGAGUUCAUGGAGUCUUAUACUCCAAUACUUUAAAACUCGAGGACGAGUUUUCUCCAACUAGGGGAGAAUGAUGCGGUCCAGAAAAGGUGGCCAGGGGCAUUCCAGUAAUUUAACAAUUAUUUGGUCUCGGAAGGUAAGGAUUGCCCAUGGGUCCUACUUGGGAUAUUGGCUAGACACGGGCUGGAUUCUUAGGCAUCUUUUGGGUUCUAUUCAAGUCAAAAUAUCUAUUUAAUUUCUAGUCAAAGUCUUUAGAGUUAAUUAGUUGAUCAAAGAAGUCAUAAGUUUUUCCAUGUCAUUAAUGUAGUCAAAGAGUCUAUGUUCAAUGUGUCUUUGGAAGUCUAAAGUUAGUUGAAGGUUAUUUAUGUUAGAAAGUUCAAGAGUCAAGUUGAAAUGGGUAUAAAUAAGA